AUGGGGAAUAUGGUCAGAGAGAUGGAGAUGGGCUCUUGUUGGGCUCUUCACCAGCACCAGGUACAUGCUCAAGCAGACAGAACAAGUGGUUGGGGUCCUCUCGGGGAUAAAGUUUGGAGAUUCAAAAGCGAAGGGUGCCCCUCCUGCUAGUAUCUUCAGCAUUCUUUCUUUUCCCUAUCUCCCCCCCUUAAUUAUCACUUUUCUCUUUAUAUUAAUCUUCUUUUGAGAAUGGAAGGAGAAGAAGGGACAUCUGCAAAAAGUGAAAAUAAAAGAAGGUUAAGAAGAAUUUGUGUCUUCUGUGGCAGCAGAGCUGGGUACAAAUCUUCGUUUAGCGAUGCUGCUCUUGAGCUUGGUAAACAGCUGGUCAAGAGAAAGAUUCAUUUAGUCUAUGGUGGGGGGAGUGGAGGUCUCAUGGGCUUGAUCUCACAGACUGUGUUUAAUGGAGGUUGCCAUGUUCUUGGAGUGAUUCCUAAGGCUCUAAUGUCUCAUGAGAUAUCAGGAGAAACCGUCGGAGAAGUGAUAGCUGUUGCAGACAUGCACCAAAGAAAGGCAGAAAUGGCAAAACAUGCUGAUGCCUUCAUUGCCCUUCCUGGUGGUUAUGGAACCAUGGAAGAACUGUUAGAGAUAAUUGCCUGGUCUCAGCUAGGAAUCCAUGAAAAACCAGUGGGACUAUUAAAUGCAGAUGGAUACUAUGACAGUUUGCUUGCCUUGUUCGAUAAGGGAGUUGAAGAAGGUUUCAUAAGAGACACUGCAAGGCACAUAGUAAUUACAGCAGAAACAGCAGCUGAGCUUAUCGAGAAAAUGGAGUACGCACCAGUUCAUGACAAGGUUGCACCCAGACAAAGCUGGGAAGGGGACCAAUUAUCAGAGCCUCGUCCAAGUGGGAACCCCUAGGAUCUAAGAUCUUAAUGAUCCAAGUGUAUACAUGCAUAUAUAUAAGACAAGACACAUAUGGGUGCGGUUUCAUUUUAAUAAAAAAGAAAAGGACAGCAAGUUAACAAAUAUCUCUUCAGUGGGGAGAUCCCAUGUCUUAAUCACCCAUUUUUAUAUUCAUGAAUGUUCUAGUUCUCCUUAAACCAGUUGAAUAAUAAGAGAUUCUCAAGUACUUUCUCUA